GGGAUCCACCGGUCCCGCCGUCCCGGCCCCAUCCCCGCCGCCCCGGGCCCGUUGCCGCCCCGCCGCCCCCGCUCCCGGGCAGCUCCGAUCGGGGACACCGGGCCCGGCCUCUCGCCGCCCCCCCGGGCCGCCCCCGGGAUGGGGCCCGGCGGCCCCGGUUGGCCGCUGGCCGGCACCGUGCUGGUGGCCGUGGCCGCCUCGCUGGCGGCGGGGGGCGAGGACUGCCUGUGGUACGUGGACAGGAACGGCUCCUGGCACCCCGGCUUCGACUGCGAGUUCCUCACCUUCUGCUGCGGCACCUGCCACCAGCGCUACUGCUGCCGCGACCCCCUGCGCCUCCUCACCGAGCGCCAGCAGCGCCACUGCCUCGCCUUCAGCCCCAAGACCAUCGCGGGCAUCGCCUCGGCCGUGGUGCUCUUCAUCGCCAUCGUCACCACCAUCGUCUGCUGCUUCAUGUGCUCCUGCUGCUACCUCUACCAGCGCCGGCAGCACCUGCGCACCCCCCUGCAAGGCCCGGAGAUCCCGCUCUCCAGCUACCCCCCCGCGCCCCCCCCAGCCCCCUUCCCCAUGGACCCCAAAGGCGGCCCCGCGCCCCCCCAGCCCGGCUUCGCCCCCAUGGCCAUGUACCCACCGCCCGGCCCCGCCGCCCAGUACCCGCUCUACCCCUCCGGGCCCCCCGGCUACAACCCCACCGGAUGA